AGUGAAGCCAUCCAGAACCGCAUGUCUUUCGUCUACGAUCAACGAAACCUGAGACAGUCUGCAAGCCUGCAGCUGAGCCUUAUCAAACACCAUGCCAUUCGACCCUCUGCAGGACACCCAUCUCGAUGCUGACACGUACAAAGAGCUUCCUCCUGGUAAUUUCAUCCGUUACCUGGUGCUCUCGCCGGGCAGUGGCGCCGAGCCCCUCGCCUGCGAGCUCAAGGCCGCCAGCCUGGACGGCGAGCUGGACUUCGAGGCCAUCUCGUACGUCUGGGGCAGUGAAGAGAAGACCGAAGAGAUUUCUUGCAACGGCAGCACAAGAGAAAUCACUGCGAACCUGGCCGCGGCUUUGAGACGAGUUCGGCAUGCUUCCGAGACGCGGUCGCUAUGGGCCGACUCAAUUUGCAUCGACUAGGGAAACUAGGUGGAGAAAAGCCACCAGGUCGCCCUUAUGGGGCAGAUCUACCCUCGUGCCCGCCGAGUUUUGAUACAUAUUGUCGGUGAUGACGACGGCGGCGGAGUUGCUGCAGAGACUUUCGUAUCAUGGCUAAAUGAGAUAAUAUGUGCGGACCUGAGCGGUAUGAAUCUAGCGGAAGGCCAUGGAUUCCAACCUCCGUCACACGACCUGGAAAAGCGUCUGAGCAUGGACUCGAGGAUAAAGUAUAUCUAUACGCUUAUCGGGCAGCCAUGGUGGG